GAAGCUGCUUUCUGUUAGCGCGUGCUGUGAAGAUAAAUGUUUUUUUCCCGUUACAUUUUUUGACUUUUCUUCUGACAAAAACGGCCACCAACGAGUUUUCUGCAGCAUCAACACUAUGGCAAUUUAUCAAGAAGUUAUAUUAGUUUAAACAAUUACCAGCACAACAGUUAGCUUACAGUUAGCUCAAAGGUGUUCUGCAGCAUGGCAGCUUGAUUAAUUUCAGCAGGUGUUAGCUACAGGGAGGACAAGUCUGUCUCUACAGGCUACACGUCCUUCACUUUUCCGAGGACAGUUUAAGGUUAAUAUUCUCUGUUUUAGCAGCUAGGUUAGCUAUUAGUUAGCUUUGACGUGUCUUCAAAUACCCAGCUGUAAACGCCAGUAACAUAAGCAGAAGUUUGUCUCGCGUGUGUGUCAUGCUCCUCGGUCGCUUUCUGUUGAGCCCCUGCAGAUCCACGUGUUCAAAAAUAGUUUGUUUACAUAGAGGUUUUACUGUCAAUAAACCAUCAUCAUCUCACAGACUGCAUACCAUCUCUAACAGCCACUAUCGUACCGUCAACCCACUGAAGCCAUCCAUACACCGGUUUGGACUAAAGGCUCAUACCUGCCUUUAUCAGUUAACAGUGUGUAAUAUGCAGCCAGCCAGUAUAUCCUAUGGCAAAGACACCACUGUUAUUGCCCCAGAUGAUGAUGAUGAUGUGGAGGAAGAGCUUUGCCCGGGAACCUCCACAGUGUCAGCAGCUCCAGAUCCAGUAGGAUCAAAUGAGAAGAAGAUGAAAAGGAAGAAGAGGAGGGAGAAGAGGAAAUUAAUAAACAGACACCUCAAGUCAGCUGAAACCUCGGACAAUUAUAUGUCAGAGCUUCCGUUUUCUCUGACCAGCCCCACCACAUGGAAAGAGCUUGGAUUCUCCGGCCCAGCUUCAACUCAGAAGAAGAGAAAGAGGAAGAGAGGAGACAUUGGAGGGCGAGUUGACAGCGAAGAGGACGCAGAUAAGAAGAAAAAAAAGAAAGAGUGCGUGCGGCCCAACUACUUUAUCUCCAUCCCCAUCACUAACACACAGAUCAGCUCAGCCGUGACCCAGGUCCAAGAGGCGGUACUUCAGCAGGAGCCCCGAUUGGCCAGAGCCAUGAUCCCUGUCCCAACUCUCCACAUCACGCUAUUAGUCACUCAUCUCGCCAGUCAGGAGCAAGUAGACCUGGCCACAACCGUCCUGGCUGAGGCCGAGCCGUCAUUGGCCGAGCUGCUGGGUGGGCGGGAUCUGGUGCUGCCCUUCUCGGGGAUCGGUCAUUUCAGGAAGGAGGUGGUGUUUGUUGGGCUGGCCCCCGGACAACACAGACACACACUGGACAGUCUGGCAGAGUUGUUGCAAAGCCGUUUUGAAGAGCAGGGUCUUCUGCAAGAAGGCAAUCGCGGGUUUUCCCCCCACCUCACCAUGAUGAAGCUGUCCCGAGCAUCGAAACUACGAUCCCAGGGUAUGAAACGUGUGGACCCAGCCCUCUACUCAAACUAUACAAACAAGUUUUUCGGGGACCAGACAGUCGAACGGGUGGAUCUUUGUUCCAUGUUGAAAAAGAAGCAACAAGAUGGAUAUUACCACACUGAGACUUCACUACAACUUGAUUUGAACCCACUCCAAGCCAAGCGCUCAAGUGGGCGUCGCCGGUCUGAGCCAGAUGAGGCAGAGCUACUGAGGGUGAGCCGGCGAUUGGUCGAGGAUGCUGUCAAUCGCGCCUUGCUACAGUACAAACAAGAAACACUUCAAAAUGGGGGAGGGCCGAAUGCCACGGCACCGCAGCCCCCUGGAAACACUGACGAAACAAAGACGGACACUACAGCUAACUCCACCACUGACUACAGGAAGUGACAUCAUUGGACUGAGGUACAGAGACUGAGUAACUGCCCGGACAACAUCAGCCAGGCCCGGGCUCAACAGGAGAAGAGUCAGUGAGCCCUGGGCACAAAGCCUGAACACACCAACUAGCUGACGAGCUACCCCAGCUAGCCCACCACAACGGCUAGCCAGGCAUGCUAGCUACCCGCCCAACUGACCUGGCUGGUUAAAUAGAUAAUGUAGCUUGUGUUCAGUGCUAAGUGACCGUCCAAACAGGCGUUAUUAACUCACUACAUCAAACAGCAGGGGCCUCGACCCACGAUCCUCACUACGCUUUGGGUCUGCGUUUGAACGUCACAAAAGCACUCCUGUAGAGACUCACAUGCAAGGUUCACUUUGAACCUGCCACUCACAAAACUGCCCGUUCAGAAUAAUCAUGUUUUGUAAACACCUGCACUUAAAAUGGUACUCAAUAUCCAUAAUUUUCCAAUGAAAAAAAACAUAUUUCUCCUCCAUUUUGCUUUUUAUGCUGUCUUCAUUGUCAAAAGGUUACUUGUUCAUCUUUGUGGCUCGAGGGGAAAUGUCAAAAAAAGAGUUGGUUUGACUUCGCUGUGACAGGAUUCUUCAAACUUUGAGAUGUUGGACCAAGUUUUUGUUGUAUUUUGUAGCGAUUCUCGGUUAAAAGCACUUUCAACUGCUGAAAAAUGUAAACUUCCAGCAUUUACUUUAUACACAACAUGUCUGUCUGCGCAUGCCACACUGCAUUGUUGUCUUCUAAGUUGUUUAGAGAAAUGUAUCUGGCCCCCGGCUACGCUUUAAGUAUUAUAUAUUAUUGUUAUAGUGUUUCCUGCCAGGGUAGCACUGAGACAAUCAUCAACUAAAGAUCAGUCAUAAGCUCUGAAUUCAGAUUUCCUAAACAAAGUGAUACGCUCUUUUUAAAACGCCACCGCUGUGGGAGCAGACAGACUGGUAUACCUUCAUCACAUUUAUUUACCUUCACUAAUAUAACUUACUUUACAGCAGGCUGAUGGAGAUGCGUAUAGUGGACGAAGAAGAGAAAAUAACACUCCAACAAGACACUACAAGAAAGCAUUUAUCCUCCAUUAAUGACCUGCUUCUUUAAUGAAAAGAAUGCUACAAGCUAACACACGCUACCUGCCUGACCAUAUAUACAUGUCAUUCUUUUUUGUUCACACACAAUGUUGAUUUCUUUGUGAUAAAUCAAUUAUUUAAUCCUUUCUAAAAGCGUCUGAAGCCUGGCUGUUGAAGGCUCAGGCUUUAUUGGACAUUUGUAUUCUAAUCCGAGGAGCUUUUACUCGACUGAACACAUUUACAACCGAUUAAGAUUGUGAUGCUGAUGUCGGGGAGGUUAACUCAGACAAUCUGCUGUCAGCUGAAAACCCUCCGGCUCUUCUUUUCACUUUCUUCCAUCCUUUUAUUUUUGCUUCAACUUGAAAAUUAAAUUGGCCUUUUCUGCUCACUCCAUCUGACCCCAUAGCUCAUGAAAUCCAUUGAGAAAUGUUAAGGAGGGAUUUUCAGAUUUUUAUUUAAACUGGGUUUCCUUGUGAUACUGUUAGAAAAAUGAUUUGUUAACUCUCUUACAUUAAAUAUGUUGUUUUAUGCUUUCUAACUAUUAUUUAUAAUGCUAUGCUGUCACCGUUAGAGAAAUAUUACUAUGUGAAAAGAUGUAUGAUUUUGAAAUGAGAAAUGGAGCAUUCAGUUUGCAUUCAAAGGUGUAAAAAGCACAAAAUUAUGCUUUUAAUUGUCUUUUUGUUUCGCUUUUUAAUGAACAGUUAAAUAUAUAUACAUGCUGUUCAAUCAAAUCACUGAUGUUUAAAGAGGGCCUCAAGUCCCAUUUUUCUGCAAGUGCUUAAGGUGACGACCCAUAGCUAGCAUUUUAAGGUAACGGUCGUUCUUUUUGUUGUGAGAUUUGCCAAAGUCGAUGUUAGACUGUGGCUAAAGAGUUGGAUUAUUGAGUUAAUUGGAAGAAAUCGUCCACCGUGAAGCGCAAUUCCUGUCAUUUCCACUCUCAGAAAAAUCGAUAUCCGAGACACAGGGAGUUUGCCAGCUCAGAUGUUCAGCCACAAGAGGUUUAUUUCCCUGGAGUGCAAACAGGUGGAGCUGUAAAAUGUGCUCAUCUACUCGUCAUCCUGCUGUGGGCUCAUUGAAACGUCAAUUCUAAAGGUGGAUUUUAAACGUUUUUGUUUUUAUCUUGUUUCUGUCACCGGAUCCUUAAUCUCCUUAAAAUCCCCUUUAACACACAAGUAAUCCUGUUGGUCUGUAUGACAAGUCUGUUCAUCUGUUUGUAUGUGUGUCUCUGGGUGAGUGUGUGUGUGUGUGAGCGAGUUCACUGAUCAGUGGUUCCCCAGAGAAAUGUCUCUAUCAAUCAUGGCGACUCAGCUGUGUGCGUGUGAACGUCUCCUCUGUUUGUCCUCCCAUUUGUCCGUGUGUACGUCUGAUGGUGUGGGCGUGUUGGUUGAACUGUGUCGUACAUCUUGUCCUGCCAUAUUUGAACAAUAAAACAGGAUAUGAGAUUCAAAACCAA